UACAUAUUCACGGUUGUCAAUCGUUAUUUGUGCAGAGCAACUCGGAUUCGGAUAAUUUAUCAACUUUCAAGUCUGAGGCUGCAGUAAUCUGAAAACCAAUCCUAUUGCAACAUCUGCCAUCAUGUCUAGGAAGCGUACUCUUGAUGCCUUCUUCAGUCCGACAGUAAAGAAACCCAAAACAGAAACUGGAGCAAUCACUUCUAGCGACGUGAUUUCAGAAGACACCACAUAUUCUGAGCAUCAGUUCUACCCUCAUCCCAUCAAGAACCUACCAGCAUCUUUAAGCAAGGAGCUGUCUACUCUGCCAGAUCAACCCGGAAGAGAGAUCAAUGAUCAACCUGACCUUGACCUCCUGUACUUUGAGCCCUUCAUCUCAGGUUCUGUAUCUCGGAGACUCUUUGAGUUUCUUCGUUCAGAACUCCCGUUCUACAGAGUCGAGUAUAAGAUCAAGCGAGGUGGCAUAGAAACCCAGAUAAGAACUCCAAGAUGGACAACUGUAUUUGGUCUUGAUGAGACUUCCAAGUUCGAUGACAAAGGUCUCCCAGUAGACGCCAACACAGGCUCGAGAGCCUUGGAUAAACGAUACGCCAGAUAUCCUCCUAGGCCUAUACCAAAAUGCCUCGAUGAACUUCGUCACAGAACAGAGCUGGCUACAGGCUGUAAAUAUAACUUCUGCCUCGUCAACUAUUACGCCUCUGGCUCCGACAGCAUCAGCUUUCACAGUGAUGAUGAGCAAUUCUUGGGUCGUGAUCCAGCUAUUGCUUCUUUCUCAUUAGGGGCACGUCGUGAUUUUCUUAUGAAGCACAAACCGCCACCUCCGAAUGCUCCUAGUCCCCCUUCUGUGAACGCGAAACCGCUCAAACUACCAUUGGGAAGUGGUGACAUGGUGCUAAUGAGAAGGAGAACACAGUCUAACUGGCUGCACUCUAUACCAAAGCGAACAGGGAAGAAUCAAGAAGAUGGCGGAAGGAUCAACAUAACUUUUCGGAGAGCGAUGGUCAAAGGAGGAACAGAUAAUUACUACAACUACAAUGUAGGAACAGGGCCAGUGUACAGAUGGAAUAGGGAGGUCCGAGAAAUGCUGCUCUGGAAACCAUGAGUCCAGAUAUGAUUAUUUCUAAGGUAUAUGAAAUAUGAACAACAAAGGGAAAUUUAGACAACAGGGAACUUAUUUACCAUGGCGCAUCUGGGCUCUGCCGUAAUGCUGCAGAGCCUUGAGGAAGACCUGGUAUCCGACUCUCUCAUUAUCUUGCAAACAGAAAAUCUCAGUCAAUCUGAUCUGCCAGGGAGGAUAACCCGACAAUUCGAGGUAGGGACCAAACGUAAGCAAAAGAUCAGGCUCAUCCAUGAUGCCCUCAGAAAGCUCAGCAUCAAUCAGUUCCAUGGAGAUAUCGUGAGGAGAAAGCUUGCCCCUCUGCGACAUUUCAGCCAAGGUACGUGUGAGAUCGACCAUGGAGUCACGGCCGUCUUGCUCGGAGAUGAGGUGCAGACGCAGAUGCUCCUUGGGCUUCUCACCAAAGGGCGCUGGGAGGUCCUCUUUAUGGGGUGAUGUAACACUAAGACCAGGGUGCUCGGGGCCAAAGUAGAAUGCAAAUUUUUGGUUGACAGCAUCGUAGACUCGGGGCAUGUGCUUCUUGAGGAUCCCUGCUAUAUGUUAGAGGAUGUACAAAAGUAUCACAUAUGCCACUACGAACCUGUCUUCUCAUACACAGAAAGCAUCGGAAUCUCGGCGCAGGCGCACCAUGUCGCAAUCUCGGCUACCUCGUCAAGGAGCCGCUCGACAUCAGCCUUUGUGCGGUGAUUCUCCUCGAGCUUCAGAAUAACACUGAGAUGCUUUGGCUUUUUCGUCAAACCAACCAGGUCCUUCUUGAUGUAUUGCGGUGUACCAUGAUGAUAUUUGACAACGGAUGAGAUCUGGUAGCCCACCACGUUCCAGGUCUGGCGUAUCUUUAUGUAAAGAGAGAAGAUCCCAUGCAUAAUGGCAAAGAUGAGGACGUGGAUUUGGUUCAGGAUGAAGCGACGAAGUCCUAACCGCGACCGUCGCUGUGGUCGAGAGUUUGAGCCUAGAGUAGGCGGAGGAUCGUUGGGCUUGGGGAGAUAAGACUGCGAUGAGUUAGCAUGGCGCACUACAAUCAUGCGCACUCUGCGACCAUACAUUGAGCAUCCUUUGCCUCUCCUUCUCUGAUAACAGCGUAUGGUCUUUGAUUUCAUCGGCCCUGUAGGCCUGACGAUCGCGAGUCGUCAUGAUAGGCAUGGCUAUUGAUGUGCAGCCUCGAGGCUGUCUAACAGGCGAUUGGAGCUGCGAAAAUUUGUCCGAGGGAUUGAAAUGUUGGCGACAGUAUUCCGACUUUGUAAACACUCAAACAGGGAUGCGAUCGCGCAAACAACCGAGGAUGGGCAGGCUUAUAAGCUUGGACAGGUGAAUGUGGGCAGAC